AUAGUUUCAACGCUUGUUCGUUUAUGAUGUUUACACAGAGUGGUUAUUCGAUGAGAGGCGAGUAGUGCUUUAGGAUUGGAGCUUUGAGAUGAAUACUUGGCACUAACACAACGGGAGCAAAUUGUAUCCAGUUGUGAAAUGGGCGGAUAGUGUAUAAUAUUAACGUCGUACUGUUGUGAUAAAGUAUAUGUAUGAUAGCGAAAAACAUCGAAACGGAAUCAGUUGUUUUUCUGUCAAUCAAGUUUAUAUUAUCGAGUGUUCUCAAAACAUCUAAGAUCCUCCAGUCGUGUAAUAUAUAAAACUUAAAGGAACAAUUCAGCAAUGAAGAAUCUUUCCAUGAGAUAUUACUUUGAAUAAAAACAUUCAAACAUUCAUCAUCGAAAUAUAUCACGGAGGAUGUACACGUGUCAUUAAUACUUCGAGUUUAAUUUAUGCAGUAGCGAAUCUGUUUUCACAGAGUUGAUCGAAAUCUAACACAGCCUAUUAGAUGUUACUCUAGACCAAGGAUUGUAAACUUAUAGUUGUACGAAAUGAAAAACGAAUCGGCUAUAAUUGAUAGGAAAUCUUCACAAAAUGGAACUGUUUCGAACCAGAACUACGGUGCAAUUGACGAUAUAAAUACUAUCAUACCUUCAGGCGAACCGGCGGACUCUAUUAGACCAGGCGCAGGUUCAUCUGCAGCUGAUUCUCACAUGGAGAAACGAUCAACGCUUAGAAUUGUCGAGAAAAUAGGCUUCGGUCUGGGACAUGUUUAUAAUGACCUGUGCGCCGGUGUGUGGUUCAGCUACACGCUACUAUUCAUGCAAGGUGUUCUUGGAAUGCCAGCUCCUGAGGCUGGUGCGCUGGUCAUGCUUGGACAAGUGGGUGAUGCUGUUGCAACUCCUAUUGUAGGAUUUGUAACCGACAAAUACGGCACUAAAAGGCAAUGGCAUAUUGUAGGCACGUUCAUUGUGUUCCUGACUUUUCCAAUGAUAUUUUCGCUGUGUCCUUGGUGUGACAUUGCCCCCCAUUGGUGGGAGAUAGUGUAUUUCGUUAUUGUGAUACUACUUUUCCAAUUUGGUUGGCCAAUUGUGCAGAUCACUCAUCUAGCAAUGAUACCUGAGUUAUCAAGAUCUCAAAAGGAUCGAUCCGAUUUAACAGCUGUACGUUAUUCAGUCUCUAUUGUAUCCAAUGUAGUGGUUUACAUAGUCACCUGGGCAGUGUUACGAACUCGUACAACUGCAGACAACCAGAUCGGGCCCGGUGAUGCCUAUCGGUUCCGAGAUAUAUCGUUGAUAUUAACCCUAGUGGGAGUUUCUAUGUCCGUCCUGUUCAACUUUUCGCUUACUUUCACUGGAUACGAACAUCGAAGGCACGCUUCAUUGCAGCAUAAUGUCAUAAAAGCAAGCAGUAUUCGAGAAAGCGAUCCAGAAACACAAAGUUUAUUACACCCUGAACGAACUGUAAUAAGUUGUGAGAAUGCCGGCUCCUCGGCUACUGUGCCAAAUAAUACAACCAAAGAUGAGGUCGUUAUGAGAAAACCGAAGAAAAACUUUUUCAAAUCUCCACUACUUUAUCAAAAUGCCUUACUUUAUGUUUUUUCGCGUCUCUUUAUGACGACCUCCCUGGUGUAUAUGCCACUUUGGCUUGACGAGCGCGCAUUUCAACCAGAUCCAAUAAUAACAAACGCUAGUGUAGAGCACCUCGCAACCGUCCCACUGGUAUCCUUUCUGGCAUCCUUCAUUGCAUCGGUGGUGCUCAAAUAUAUCAAUAAACAUGUAGGAAAUAGCUUCGUAUAUUUUGUCGGUUCAAGUAUAAGCUUAAGCGUGUGCACCUGGAUAGCAAUGUCCUCAGGAUCUGCCACUUUCAGUACCAUCGAGCUUCUGACAAUUGCAUCGUUGUUUGGGGCUGGGAGCUCUAUAACCAUGAUCAGCAGUUUGUGUAUUACUGCUGAUAUGAUUGGAAAGCAUGCCGACCAAGGAGGCUUUAUUUAUUCGGCCGUUACGUUCACCGAUAAACUCAUUACUGGAGUUGUAGUGGUAAUCAUUGAAUCAAUGAAAUGUAAGGAUCGAAGCGAUUGUCCGGAUUAUUAUCGAAGCGUUUUGGCAUAUGCAUGCGGAACAGCUGCUGGACUCGGAUGUAUAACGCUGGCAACACUGGUGUGUACAGAUACGCGCUCAAGUAGACGACAACAAUCAAGAUAACUAUGACCAACAAUCGAGUACCUAUCAGCAUUAGCAAUAAUUUAGCACGUGAUAAUAAAUGUUGGCAAAUGACAUGUUUUAAAUGUAUAUAAAUUGUGAUCUUUCUCGUGGUUUCUUUAAAUAUUAAUUAGCCAAAUAAACAAAAUCAUCUGUAUUAUAUUGUUUA